GUGUCCUCUGGCCAGGGUUGAAGAAUGAUGGGAGUUGCAUUCCAACCUCACUGCUGCUCUAUAUUCCCGUUUUUUUCAGGUGGCAACAACUUCUUCAAGCAAAUGCCUUUCUGCUGAAGUGUUUUUGGCAAUUUGCAUUGCUGGAAGUCUGGGCAGUAGAAUGCAAAAUACCAACAGGGAGCGGCCAUUGUGAAUACAGGACAUAGUUUUUUGCAGAAGGAUCCCUUCAUAGCUAGAAGAGUGGUCAGUGGGGCGGACUGGACUGUCAGCAAGCCCAGAUAUGAAGGAGUGAGAAUUAGAGAAUUCCCCUCUAGCCCAUCUGUUUACCAGUCGCUUCCCAUCUCAGAGAAGGUUCAGAAAUGGGCAGAGUUUGCCUGCUGCUGCUGCUGCUGCUGUGUCUGAAGAUGUGUGGAAUCCACACAGAGGAAGGAGGAAGCUGGGAGACCUGGUGGAAGAGGAAUGACUCCGGUGCCACGAAUGAAGGUUGGAAGCAACGGCUACCCAAGAGCAUAAUUAUUGGAGUGAGGAAAGGGGGCACCCGGGCCUUGCUGGAGAUGCUGAGUCUACAUCCCCAGGUAGCAGCUGCCCACUCUGAGAUACAUUUCUUCAACAUGGAAGAGAAUUACCAAAAGGGACUGGAUUGGUACUGCCAACAGAUGCCCGUUUCCCACCACACUCAAAUCACUGUGGAAAAGACACCGGGCUAUUUUACUUCCCUGGAGGCCCCAGAAAGGAUCUAUGCCAUGGAUAGUUCUAUGAAGCUCCUCUUGAUUGUGCGGGAUCCUGUGGAAAGGUUGGUGUCUGAUUACACCCAGAUCCUCCACAAUCGCAAAGCCCAGCAGAAACCAUACCAGUCCCUGGAGCAAAUCCUGAAGAGGGGCCAAGAACUGAACACCAAGUACAAGGCCAUGCAACGCAGCCUCUAUGCCCUACACUUGGCCCGGUGGCUGGAGUUCUUUCCCAGGACACAGGUUCAUGUGGUAGAUGGAGGUGUUCUCAUACGGCAGCCACUCUCAGAAAUGCGUCACGUGGAACAGUUUUUGGGACUGGAGCCUUACUUAAGCCCAGGCAACUUUUAUUUCAACCAAACAAAAGGCUUCUACUGCCUCCAGGCCAAAGGGCAGCGCCACUGUCUUGACCAAUCUAAAGGGCGACCUCACCCCACCAUCAAUGAAUUGCUCCUGGAGCAACUUUGCACCUACUUCAGCCAGCACAAUGAGAAUUUUUUUGCCAUGGUGGGACAGACUUUUAACUGGUGCUGAGCCUCGCACUGAGGCUCAGUUGGGUGUUCUGUGAAGCUUCCAAUUUUUCUUUCAAAUGAGCUGGAAACUGAACUCUGUCACCAUAUGUAAAUCAGUUUACAGUGAAAUAGCCAAGCGUGAAGUCCCUUACACCCUGGAGGUUUUGAGGUCCUUGGGGAACCACCUGAGGAAGGCUACUUUUUGACAAAACUCUUAACUUUUCUAGAUCUCACAGCAGGUGAGGUUAUGCUCUUUACUGUUAUGUGCCCAAGAAAAACUAACAAGUCUAGGCUAUACAACAUAGAUCCAUUGUUCUUCCUGAAAACCUUGUAUUUAAUGGGCCAUAGCAAAAAUAAACAUGUUGCUGACUUAAUUAUACGUCCCCAUAUUUCUGCAUACAAACAGCUUGCAAGAAUUGGAAUUCAGCUUCUCUUGUC